UCUAGGACACUUUCAACAUCCAUCAUGUCUACCAACACAAAUGAAGCAUCCCCCGCAGCUAUUACGCAUAAUCAAUCUCCCCAUACCACCAACUCCCUUUCCAACUCCUCCUCCAAUGCAUCCUCCCUCAAACACCAUGUAUCUUCACACUCUCAACUCAACGAAAAAAAACUCUACGAAGCUCGAAUGACCUCAUACUUCUCACCGACAAGCGGUUCUCUACCUCUAUCUCAAUAUACCUCGUCUACGAAAUCCGACUCUGCUCGUGCAAAGGAUAUGAAGGACUAUCUCGAUAGUUUGGACGGCAUAAUUUUCAAAGAAUAAACUCUCCGUGGAUGCAACAACUUACCAGCUUCGACGAACAUAUACUCGAUGACGGAACACAAUGGUGAACGAUCCGAACUAUCAGUAGUGCGAUCACUGAUUGCCCCACGCUGAGACGACUUGGAGCUCUCGGGAUUAUCCCAGGCGAUCCACUGUUCAUGGGGGCACUGUAGUUGCCGAGCCUCGCGUAGUUCAGGGGUACGGGCUAAAUCACGCGAGUCGCGGAAAGAGAUGCAGAUAUUGGGUGGAGUCCGAGUCUCGGGCUAUACAUGUCCCAGGAUGUAAUGGAAGUAAUUUGAGGCUUGAAGGGGU